AUUCUGGGCAGGUCAACUGACGAACAACGGUCCUAUUUGGAAAUAGUUUUGUGCAAUUAAAUCAGUUUCUAGACAAACGCUAUAGUACCACAACAAGUAGUGUAAUUGUGAAGAGAACGAACCUCACUUUUUACGUUUUAACAGAUAAGCCAAGCAAGGAAUUAACGCAGCCAUGCCGCCCGGGCCUGUACAAAUUGUUCAACUGGAGCCCAACAACAGGGCAGAUGAGUCAACAGAGGAAACCCCAGCAACGAAACCCAUAGUUGGGAUCAUCUAUCCACCUCCUGAGGUCCGAAACAUCGUCGACAAGACUGCCAGUUUUGUAGCCAGGAAUGGACCAGAGUUCGAGGCAAGGAUCCGUCAGAAUGAGAUCAACAACCCAAAGUUCAACUUCCUGAACCCCAACGACCCAUACCAUGCUUACUACCGCCACAAAGUCAAUGAAUUCAAGGAGGGCAAGGGCCAGGAGCCGUCUGCGGCCGUACCAAAGGUCAUGCAGCAGCAGGCCCUGCAGAACUCACAGCAGCUUCCUCAAAAGGUGCAGGCCCAGGUGAUUCAUGAGACAGUGGUGCCAAAGGAGCCUCCACCUGAGUUUGAGUUCAUUGCUGACCCUCCUUCAAUCUCAGCAUUCGACCUGGAUGUUGUCAAGCUGACCGCCCAGUUUGUUGCUCGCAACGGGCGCCAGUUCCUCACACAGCUUAUGCAGAAAGAACAGCGAAACUACCAGUUUGACUUCCUGCGACCUCAACACAGCCUCUUCAACUACUUCACCAAGCUGGUGGAGCAGUACACUAAGAUUCUGAUCCCUCCCAAGGGACUUCUGAUAAAGCUGAAAAGAGAGUCUGAGAACCCCAGGGAGGUGCUGGACCAGGUGAGGUACCGUGUUGAAUGGGCGAAGUUCCAGGAGCGUGAAAGGAAGAAGGAGGAGGAGGAGCGGGAGAAAGAACGUGUGUCCUACGCCCAAAUUGACUGGCAUGACUUUGUAGUGGUGGAGACCGUGGACUUUCAGCCUAAUGAACAAGGCCACUUCCCCCCACCCACCACACCUGAGGAGCUGGGAGCUCGCAUCCUGACCCAGGAGCGUUAUGACAAGUUUGGAGAGAGUGAGGAGGUGGAGAUGGAGGUUGAAAGUGAGGAUGAGGAGGACGAUGAGCGGGAGGAGCGGGAUGAUGGGCGUCCCACACAGCCUGAUCAGGACACACAGCUGCAAGACAUGGAUGAGGGUUCUGAUGACGAGGAAGAUGGCAAGGCACCAUUGCCCCCAGACAACCCCAUGCCACCCCCACUGCCCCCUACUCCAGACCAGGUCAUUAUCCGCAAGGACUAUGACCCCAAAGCCUCCAAGCCACAGCCUCCAGCCAAGACUCUGGAUGAGUACCUCAUCUCUCCCAUCACGGGUGAGAGGAUCCAAGCCAGUAAGAUGCAGGAGCACAUGCGCAUUGGGCUACUGGAUCCCCGCUGGCUGGAGCAGAGGGACCGGGGCAUCAGAGAGAGGCAAAUCGAGGACGAGGUUUACGCCCCUGGCAUGGACAUUGAGAGCAGCCUGAAACAGUUGGCUGAGAGGCGUACUGAUAUCUUUGGUGUGGAGGAGACAGCCAUCGGUAAGAAGAUUGGAGAAGAGGAGAUCCAGAAGCCUGAGGAGAAGGUGACCUGGGAUGGGCACUCUGGCAGCAUGGCGCGUACUCAGCAAGCAGCACAGGCCAACAUCACCCUACAGGAGCAAAUUGAGGCCAUUCACAAGGCCAAGGGACUGGUGCAGGAGGAUGAAAGCAAAGAGAAGAUUGGACCGAGCAAGCCUGAGCUUUACCAUCAUCAUCAAUCACCCCUCAUCUCCUCUGCCCCCCUUCUGCCCAAACCCAGCCCUCCAAUGAACACGAUGGCUCGGGCCCCUCCUUCCAUGCUGCCGCCUGUGCGCACCACUCUCCUGUCAGCUGUGCCUGUGAUUCCACGGCCCCCCAUGGCCCCUGUGCAGAUGCGCCUGGCCCCAGGGCAGGUUCUAACACCCAUGCCUCCCAUGAUGCAUGCUCCCCGCAUCAACGUGGUACCCAUGCCCCAACCACCUCACAUGAUGGCCCCCAGACCACCCCCCAUGGUGGUACCAACUUCAUUUGUCCCUGCCCCUCCUGCCGCAGCCCCCCGCCCUGACCCUCAGCCACCUUCCCACCCACCCCCACGCCAUGAUGAUGAGCCUGUCACCAAGAAGAUGAAGACAGAGGACAACCUUAUACCAGAGGAGGAUUUCCUCCGCAUAUACAAGGGUUCGGUGUCGGUCAAAGUACAAGUUCCCAACAUGCAGGACAAGACGGAAUGGAAGCUAAGUGGACAAGCGCUCAACUUCACUGUCCCACUCACAGAUCAGGUAUCUGUUAUUAAAGUCAAAAUCCAUGAAGCCACUGGCAUGCCAGCUGGAAAACAAAAGCUACAGUAUGAGGGAAUUUUCAUCAAAGAUUCCAACUCGCUGGCCUACUACAACAUGAACAACGGUUCAGUCAUACACCUGGCACUGAAGGAGAGAGGUGGGAGAAAGAAGUGAACAUCCCCUCAACAGGUUUCUCUGCCAUACACAGCCAGUUUGCGACAUUUUGUAAUUUACCCCCAAGUAAUUAUUAUAAUGUCCGAAAAAUUGGGGUAAAUGAGCAACUUUAUCAGAGCAGCUCUUUCAAAUUAUUGAUGUCCUUUGUUGGUCAUACCAAUUGUAAAGAAUGCUUGAGGCGUAGUCUAUAAAUAACCUAUAAUUAGUUUUGGUUUCGUAUUUUAAGCGUUGAUUCUUUUCUAAAUGUUAAUUGUAUUGUUUAAGGGGAUUGUAUGCAUGCAUGCAGGUGGUUUCUGUCCAGAUUUUCCAGCCCAUGUCAGUCCAUCAAAUAAAGUAAUAAAAUGUUACCAUUA